AGAAAUUCAAUUUGGGCAUCAAACCCUCAUUAUCAUCAUCCCCUUUCUUUAUUCAAUUGUGACGGACACUGUAAAACUUACAAGAAGAAGAAGUAGUAAUCGUUUGAUUGAGUGAUUCUUGUAUUCUCUGCGUUGUUUUCGUCAUCUCCGAUUCCUUCCAGCGAGAUUUUCCAGUGAAUUAGAUUUGGCCAAUAUGACAGAAGAAUCGAAGAGUUUCUUGAAGAAUUUCUAUAUACCUGAUUACAUUCUUUUAUCUGAUCGUGAGAAAGAUACUGUUUUUGAAGCACCAGCAUGCCCAGUAUUGGUGUUCAUUAACUCUAAAAGUGGAGGUCAGCUUGGUGGGAAUCUUCUUGGUACAUAUCGAUCUCUUCUUAAUGAAAAUCAGGUCAUCGAUUUGCUUGAAGAGGCUCCUGAUAAUGUUUUACGGAGAGUGUAUUUCAACUUAGAAAAACUCAAGUCCAAUGGUGAUGAACUUGCCCCUCAGAUUGAGGAGAAAUUAAGAAUCAUAGUUGCUGGUGGAGAUGGCACAGCUGGCUGGCUGCUUGGAGUUGUUUCUGAUCUUAAAUUGUCUCAGCCACCACCGAUUGCUACAGUGCCCUUAGGAACUGGAAAUAACCUCCCUUUUGCAUUUGGUUGGGGAAAGAAGAAUCCCGGGACUGAUACUGAUUCUGUGUUGUCAUUUUUAAAUCGAGUAAUAAAGGCGAAAGAAAUGAAAAUAGACAGCUGGCACAUUCUAAUGAGAAUGAGGGCUCCAAAGCAAGGCGAUUGUGAUCCUCUUGGCCCCCUUGAUUUACCUCAUUCCUUGCAUGCCUUUCAACGUGUUUCUUCAACAGACACUCUCAAUGUUGAGGGUUUCCACACAUUUCGUGGAGGGUUCUGGAAUUACUUCAGCAUGGGCAUGGAUGCUCAAGUAUCUUAUGGUUUUCAUUCUGAACGGAAGGAGCAUCCUGAGAAAUUCAAGAAUCAGUUGAUAAACCAGAGUACUUAUGCCAAGCUUGGAUUCUCGGCUUCCCUUUCCAAUCCUUCAAAGAAUAUAGCUCAGCUGGGAAAGGUUAAGAUCAUGAAGAAUGGAAAAUGGGAAGAACUCCCAAUUCCUCCCAGUAUCCGGUCUAUAGUCUGUCUGAACUUGCCAAGCUUCUCAGGGGGGUUCAAUCCAUGGGGAACUCCAAAUCAGAAGAAAUCACGCUAUAGGGAUUUGACUCCACCAUAUGUAGAUGAUGGUCUUAUUGAGAUUGUUGGGUUCAGAAAUGCUUGGCAUGGACUCGUUUUGCUCGCUCCAAAAGGCCACGGAACUCGCCUCGCACAGGCGCGCAGAAUCAGAUUCGAGUUCAACAAGGGUGGGGCAGAUCACACAUUCAUGAGGAUAGACGGGGAACCAUGGAAACAACCCCUCCCAGUUGAUGAUGAUACAGUUAUAGUGGAGAUAUCUCAUCUUGGGCAAGUGAAAAUGCUAGCCACUCACGAGUCUAGAUCCAAAAGUGUGACAGAAUCUCCUUCAUCUCCCAGCCAUCAUGAACCUGAAACUGAACCUGACAGUGGCGAUGAAGAAGAAGGAUCGGUAGGAGAGGAGUGGAGAAAAUUCGGGGCGGCCGAAACAUUCAAAAUCCCAGAUGAAGUUGACAUUUCUCACCUCAGUUAGCCAAGUAAGUCAAAUCAUAAUAGACCCAUGAACUAUUUAUAGUAAAUUAUUGAAAAGAGAUUGAUUUCCCCAUUAGGAAUAUGUUGAAACCGAAUAUCUAUUUGUUAUUCUCUGAUCAAGAUUGUUGAAUUUCUCUUUAGAUGUAAUAAUAAUGGAGGGAGGAUCUUCUUCCUCCAUUAAUGAAAUAUAUUUUUCUUAAUAUAU